CGAAUCAACCCACCCCCACCUUGGCUGGUCAUCCAUCCCACCAAACGCGCGGGGGGCCACAAGGGGUGUCAUGGCGGACGGCGGGCGGGCGGGCUGCGCGCACGGGAUCCCCGGCUAUAAAAGCCGCUCCACCCCCCGCGAGCUCACCAGCUCUCCACCAAGAGCUAAUACCAGUAUACCCGCCGCCGCCCGCCCCACCAGCACCUAACGCCCCCCGCCUGCUUUACAGUUUACACCGCGUCCCGCGCCGCCGCCGCCGCGUUGGGUUGCGUCCCAGAUCCGCCGAGCUCUUCGACUGGUCGCUCGAGCAAGAUGAAGAUCACGGUGCGGGGGUCGGAGAUGGUGUACCCGGCGGCGGAGACGCCGCGGCGGCGGCUGUGGAACUCGGGCCCGGACCUGGUGGUGCCGCGGUUCCACACGCCCAGCGUCUACUUCUUCCGCCGCAGGGACAGCGAGGGCAACGACCUGGCGGCCGCGGACGGGAGCUUCUUCGACGGCGCCCGGAUGCGGCGCGCGCUGGCGGAGGCGCUGGUGCCCUUCUACCCGAUGGCGGGGCGGCUGGCGCGCGACGAGGACGGGCGCGUGGAGAUCGACUGCAACGCCGGCGGGGUGCUGUUCCAGGAGGCGGACGCGCCCGACGCCACCGUCGACGACUUCGGCGACUUCGCGCCCACUAUGGAGCUCAAGCGCCUCAUCCCCACCGUCGAGUACACCGACGACAUCUCCGCCUUCCCGCUCCUCGUGCUCCAGGUGACACACUUCAAAUGCGGUGGCGUGGCGAUCGGCGUGGGCAUGCAGCAUCACGUCGCCGAUGGCUUCUCCGGCCUGCACUUCAUCAACUCGUGGGCGGACCUCUGCCGCGGCAUCCCGAUCGCCGUCAUGCCCUACAUUGACCGCUCCCUCCUCCGCGCGCGCGACCCGCCGACCCCAGUGUACCCACACAUCGAGUACCAGCCGGCGCCCGCCAUGCUGUCCGAGCCGCCGCAGGCGCCCCUCACGGCCAAGCCGGCGACGCCGCCCACCGCUGUGGCCAUCUUCAGGCUCAGCCGCGCCGACCUUGGCCGCCUCCGCUCGCAGAUCCCCGCGCGCGAGGGCGCGCCGCGGUUCAGCACGUACGCGGUCCUGGCGGCGCACGUGUGGCGGUGCGCGUCCCUGGCGCGCGGCCUCCCCGCGGACCAGCCCACCAAGCUGUACUGCGCCACGGACGGGCGGCAGCGGCUGCAGCCGCCGCUCCCCGAGGGCUACUUCGGCAACGUGAUCUUCACUGCUACACCGCUGGCGGACGCCGGCACGGUGACGGCCGGGGUGGCGGAGGGCGCGGCCGUGAUCCAGGCGGCGCUGGACCGGAUGGACGACGGGUACUGCCGGUCGGCGCUGGACUACCUGGAGCUGCAGCCGGACCUGUCGGCGCUGGUCCGCGGCGCGCACACGUUCCGGUGCCCCAACCUGGGGCUCACUAGCUGGGUGCGGCUGCCCAUCCACGACGCGGACUUCGGGUGGGGGCGGCCCGUGUUCAUGGGCCCCGGCGGCAUCGCGUACGAGGGGCUUGCGUUCGUGCUCCCCAGCUCCAACCGCGACGGCAGCCUGUCCGUGGCCAUCUCGCUGCAGGCCGAGCACAUGGAGAAGUUCCGGAAGUUCAUCUACGACUUCUGAUCGCCUCGACACCCAAGUCAUCGACGAGCGCAGGCGCGGUAGAAGCAAGCAGAGAAGCGCUAGGCAGAUGCACAGCACAGGACAGGGAGGGUGAUCUUACUAGGUUGCAGCAAAAUUCUUUGAUUGCACACAUAGUUCCUGCACACUUAAUUUUUUUUCCGUUCCUGCCUGCCCCCUUUCGGGCGGGAUGUAUACUUGUGCCGUAUGAUUCACGGGCCUGAACGGCCUGAACAAAUUGUAAUAUGAACAAUUUAAUCCGUUCUGAGUGAUACAGGUUAAUAAGGUCAAUUGAUUUA